AUGGGAAAAGUUAGGUUAAACCCACGUUUGGGACAAAAUCAUCUUGUUAUAUAUAUCUUCGAGACAAAAAUUGUUUAUAUGCUUAGGAAUGUGUUAUUUUCUAUUUUUUUAAGAGACGAUGAGUACAAUGUGUAUUUAUUCAUUCAUUUGUCUUUGUUUAUUCAUCUAUUUGUUUGAUUAUUUGUUACAUGAAAUUCGAACGGCUAAGAAGUAGUUAAAAGAAGUUUCUUUACCUACAUCAUUCACAAAGAAUUGGUCUAUUUGGAAAUAUCGGCAAGGAGAAGCUGAGAUUUUUUAUUUAUUUAGAGACCCCGUGGUUCACAUGCUAAGGGACCCCAUGUCAACAUGAAUAGCAGAUAAUAAACAUUCCUAAUUCUGAAAUUAUACGGCCACAAGAAACACGGCACAUUAUCUGUUAUUUUUCAUUUACAUAAGUCGACUUGUACAACAUAAGUUUGCCAUGGAUAUUGCUUUGUAAUAGAGAAAAUGCGAUUUUCAAAGUGAAAUAUGAACAUUUGCUCCGACUGGCCAAACUGUGCCGAGGUGUUUGAAAUAACCUUGCAGUAUUCAACCACAUUCAUCGACGUAAAAGAUCACCGAAAUGUCGCCGCUGUCCGUGGGCUAAUUUAAAAAUAAAUGAAGAAAUCAAGAAACAUAUUUCCUUAGACGACCUAUAAGCUACUCUCUACCACUUCAGAAUAGAGACCCCGUGUUCACAGUUCAGAAACCCCGACGUGGAUCUUGGACACGUGGUUACUUGUAAAGGUACUCUGUUUGCCUAUACAAUUAGCAGGUGAACUUGUUCUUCAUUAAGUCCUCGAUCCCGGUAACAGCGGUCUGUACCACGACUUCAUACAUAACGGGAAUAUGUUCAAUGUAGGAAUACUAACAGAGGAGAAUUGACGGUAAAUCAAUUUUACCGAAGAGAUGGUGAUAAUUGAAGGAUCUAGUUGGCUGGAGGACGUCUCCAACGUUGAUCAAUCAUACAGUUCAUCCGUACUGACCACGACUGCCGCGACUCUGGUCAUCUGUCUGGCUACCUGUGUUAGAGAGAAAACAUCUAAGGCCUCUACCUAUAACACCUUGACCAGUACCUGUGAUUGCUACGACAGUCUGACCACUUCGACGUCAGUGAAAGGAAAUCGACUUUGGACGCGUCACAUUGAAGGAUAUUUAUACAACAGUCAACUUGGCUGGUAUAUAAAAGUUGUUGCCGACCAACGGAAGUCGCACUGGGAAGCCGAGAGCGACUGCGCAGUGGAUGGUGGACGGUUGGUUGUUUUGGAUACCGUUGCUAAGCACACGUAUAUUACCGGACUACCAGAGGUGCUGUAUGAAAACUUCUACCGCCUUGGUGCAACUGAUGUUGCAGUCGAAGACACGUUCGUUUGGGAUACCGGAAGUGUAGUGUCGAGACAAUCUCUCCUGUGGGGCGGUUACCAACCGGAUAAUAAAUGGGGCUACCAGAACUGUCUGACCUUAUACAAAUGGUUGUAUGAUGAUGUAACGUGCAACAGUACCAUGAACUUUAUCUGUGAACUUGUAUAAUGUGGAGUACGUUGUCUUUUUGUAUUAUUUCCAGGAAGAGAAAAAUAUGAUUUAUAAUAUGCUUUAGUUCCUAUUGGAUUUUACAUAUUGAAAUAUCCCCUCCAGAAAUCAGUAAUCAGUGUCCCCCGUAUAUCAGCCGCCGUCAGUGUCCCCCGGGAAUCAGCCGCCGUCAGUGUCCCCCGGGAAUCAGCCGCCGUCAGUGUCCCCCGGGAAUCAGCCGCCGUCAGUGUCCCCCGGGAAUCAACCGCCGUCAGUGUCCCCCGGGAAUCAGCCGCCAAUAUUCCCCGGAAGUCAGCCGCCGCCAGUGUCUCCCGGGAAUCAGCCGCCGUCAGUGUCUCCCGGGAAUCAGCCGCCGUCAGUGUCUCCCGGGAAUCAGCCGCCGUCAGUGUCUCCCGGGAAUCAGCCGCCGCCAGUGUCUCCCGGGAAUCAGCCGCCAAUAUUCCCCGGAAGUCAGCCGCCGUCAGUGUCCCCCGGGAAUCAGCCGCCGUCAGUGUCCCCGGAAGUCAGCCGCCGUCAGUGUCCCCCGGGAAUCAGCCGCCACUGUCCCCUGGAAAUUAGUCGCUAGUUAGCCCCCGAAAUCAGACAUGUGUGCCCCGAAAAUCGGCCAUUAGUGUUCUCCGGGAAAUCAGCCUCCAGUGUCCCCCGGGAAUCAGCCGCCAAUAUUCCCCGGAAGUCAGCCGCCGCCAGUGUCUCCCGGGAAUCAGCCGCCACUGUCCCCUGGAAAUUAGUCACUAGUUACAAUGAAGCGCUCUCUAGAUUUAAUAUAAUUCAAAAUAUGAUGCUGAAUUUAUAUCAUCCAAUACCAUGACACUUUGAUCUAAAUUACUGAAGUUAUUAAGCGAUUUUUAUCCUAAUAUGUCUUCUAUAUGCUCUAUUUUAUGUAACAAUUAAAAAUUA